AUGGCGGCAGCUUCACCCCUGCUGUGUGCAGCAGAAACUGCCCUGAUGUCCAGGGCUUCAGCAGCCAUCGUCCUGGCCCGUCUGGACCUCUCCUUCCAGAAGCCAGAGUCAGUGGUUGCUUGCCAACUUGUCCAGUCGGCUGCUCCUGGGAAGGGCUGUGCAGGCCAGGAGACUGGCAGACCUCAACCAGUCCCGGAGCUGCCCUGCCGCCUGGUGGCUGCUGAGCGCCCGCCCGCCCGCCUGGCCCGCGCUCCAGGGCCUCCGCCCUCCAGCUCCCCCGCCUGCGCCCGGGAACGCGCGGAGAGCAGCAGCGCUCAAGACCGCGGCCGGGAGGUGCUGUUCGCCGCAACCUCGGCUCCAGCGCUCGGGCCGCUUCUCUCCCGGGUGCAGGCGGCUCUGCGCCGGGACCCUCUGCACGCCGUCCCCCGACGAGGCUCCCUCGGCCACAGUCCCCUCCCCUCCAUCAGACGCGCUGCAGGUCCGGAGCCUCGGUUUCCCGAGCAGGGAAAUGGGCGUGCUGUGCCCACGGGGGAAGGGAGGAGCAGGAGGCCCGCCUUCGGGGCCUGGAGGAUUCGCGCGGCCUCCGCCGUCCAAGAGAACCCCUCUCCCCUCGCGAUCCCCGGGAUUCUCUUCCCCAGUCGGUCCCCCAAGCCGGGUCUAGAACUGGAGCCUCAGCUCCCCGCCCAUCGGUGCAGCGUUCCCGGUCCCCUCCCCCUAGACCCGGAACCACCGGGUCCCUCCGCGCCUCUCCAACCCUCGCCGGAGCUUUCCUGCCCGCCCCGUCCCCUUCAACCUCCGCCCCCCGCCGGACGCCUCCCUGGCCCUUCCCGCCCGGCGGGGCAGCCUCGCGGCGGCGCCACCCGCGCCCACCCUCUUCCGCCGCGGGCUGCAGCGCGCCCGGGCCUGUCUGGGCGGCUGGCGGGGCGGCGGGGCGGGCCUGGGGCGGGCGGGGAGGCUGCGUCUGCGCGGCCCGUAGGGGCCUCCGCCGAGGCUGGAGCGAGCCCAGGCAGGCCGGGCGCUGGCGCGGGGCGAGCCGGCGGGGGCGGGAGAGCUGGCCCCGCGCUGGGGUUCCUGGGUCCCUGCACGCACGCGCGCUUCCCAGGCGCAUCGCCCUCGGCCUCCCCUCUGCCUCUUAUUUGCAAAAUCACCCCGAGGUGGGUGACGCUAUUGUUGCCACUUUUCAGAUGCGAAAGUCCAGACACAACUGAAAUUAGUAUCCAGGCUCCAGAUGCCACCCGUCCUCACGCAGAGGAGAGCCGGCCGCGGCCCGUGACCCCUUCCGCUCUGGGCCAGCCUCAACCAGCGGGGCCGAGAGGAGGACAGGCUCCCCCCAGGGAGGUGGGGCACACACUCACCUCGUUCCUCCUGCUGGAGCCGGCCCUGUCCUUGUGCCUGCAUCUCAACAGAGGUACCCUCUGUGCUUGGGACCCAGGCAGAUGUGACCUCCCCUCACCCCACAACCACCAGACACAGCCCAAGGCAGACCCUGCCCAGCUCCUUCCCCAGGGCUCUGUGCCUCAGUUUCCCCAUCUCCGCAAAGGGCGCUAAUGGCCAUCUCAGAAUGGUUCGUUGAGAUUCAAAGAAUCUGGGCCAGUGCCUUGUAAACGUUGUUAUAAUUGCAUGGAAGGUAAACUGAAAGCCAGAGACUCCCACACCAUAGAGCCACCCGAUCCCCGCUCCGCCCCCCCACCCCCGCCCACCGCU